AAUUUUCUUUCUUUCUCUUUCUAUCUAUCUCUGUCUGACCCAUUCCUCAUGUCUUUCUCUCUCUACACAGAGGCCAACAACAACAAAUGAGAGAAGAAACAUGGAAACUCCACGCAUCCACCUCUCUCCCAUCAAAAACACAAACUUUCUCUCUCAUCAAUGGCCCAGCUGGACCAAAAUUUAUGUUUUGGAAAAAAAAAACAUAAAAACAAAUAAAGAAAGAGAGAAAGAAUGAGAAAACAAAAGGAGAAAGGAAAAGAAAGAGAAGUUUAGAUGUGUUCAAAUGUCCUCCAACCAAACCCACCUUACACAAUACAACAUGGCUUUCUUUCUUUCUCACUCACACACUCAACUCUUUCUCUCUCAUCAAACUAUGUUCCCCGAAUUGCCCUUCUGCAAGACCCCAAAAAAAUCCCAUCUUCAUCACUGGUCUUCCAAAAGAUCAAUUUUUUUUUCACCGAGUUAUGUGGGCUUUUUGGGGUUCUUUGUCUUGGUCAGAGAUUUUCACAGAGAAAACAGGGAAAGCGAGAACCUUCUUACCUGUUCCCACCCUCUUCUCUCUUGUGCCUCUUUCCCAUCUUUCUCUUUCUUUUGCCCUCUUUUCUUCUUCAUCUUCUCUCUCCUUUUAAUUUCUCUGUCCAUCAUCAUCUUCAUUAUCACCCACCACUGCCCCUAUCUUCUUUCUCUCUUUCUGCUUUUCAUCUUUGGUUUGUAGCUGUUUCUCGGUCUUCUCUUCCUUGAUCUGAUGAAGAAGAUGAAAGGGGUUGUUGUACCUAUGGAGUCUUCUCGUUAUGAUGUGUUUCAGGAUCAGAGGACCAGGUUGAGGCAUCAGAGUCUCUUGCAGGACUAUGAGGACCUGCAAAAGGACACAGAAGCUAUGAAGAGGAAAUUGGAGGCCACAAAACAGAAAAAAUUGAUACUAUCAGCUGAAGUCCGCUUUUUGAGGAAACGUUACAAAUACUUACUGAAGAACCCUUCACCAAAGCCUCAACAAAAGCAAGUAGUUUUGCAGACACAAAAGGUCAAAAUGCAAGCUCCAGUUAUCCCUAAGGGAAGGAAUUACAAUAGGAAGGAAUCCACUUUGCGUCUCGCAAAUGCUUCUCCGAUGAACCCGAAAGAAAGGGUUUCCAACGGGGUUGAAGUCUCAUUGCCAAAAGCAUGCCAUGUGUUUGAUUUGAACCAGAAUGCUAGGACUUUAAGUAGAAAAGUUGCUUCUUUCCACGCUCCUGCAACUGCGCCGGUGCUUGACUUGAAUCAUAAAGAUAGGAUUCACAAUGGGAAGGAAGCCUCAAAGAAAAAUAUGACUCCAUUUUUCGACCUGAACCAAAUUUCGAGAGAAGAGGAGGAAUUACAGGACAACAGUGAGCCCAUGAUAAUUGAAGAACCAAAGAGAAGUACGCAACGAGUUGUAGGCGACGAGCAGCAGAAUGAUAUCAUGCUUUCAGCCUGUAGAAACAUUGGGGACGGAUCGAACAGAACAGGGAAGAGGAAGAUUUCAUGGCAAGACCAGGUGGCAUUAAGGGUUUGAUCUUAAGAAUAAUAAUGCUAGGCUGAAUUCCUACCCUUUGGAAUGUUUACUCUUCCUUUAUAUGUAGCAUAUUUCGUUACAUUCAACAAAAAAACAUUUCUAGUUUUAUGCUUCAUUUUGUAAAGAUAAAAGAUAGCAUACAGGAUCAUGUGUUAAAAUAUAUAUAUAAUAUUAGAUGAAAUGGGGAAUUUAUUCUCAGAAAUCA